UCCGGCGCACGCGUCUCCCAGCAUUCAGUUGGUGCGCGGGCGGCGGGCACCUCAGUCCAGUAGGCUUCGGCGGUUGAGUGGACGGAGGCUGACGGCUGUUACGCCGACGCAGGCCAGGUGGAGGGAGAGGUCGCCGGUGCACACCCGCCAGCCAUGAAGCCCCCCGCAGCCUGUGCAGGAGACGCCCUGGACGUGGCGGCACCGUGCUCGGCCGUGAACUACCUCCGGUGGGAUCUGAGUGCCCAGCAAAUCGGGGAGCUCACCACCGAGCUCAUCGAGGAGACCAAGCGCGUGUACGACCGCGUGGGCUCCCAGGAGCUCCAAGAUGUGUCCUACGAGAACACACUCAAGGCGCUGGCCGACGUGGAAGUGUCCUACACAGUUCAGAGGAACAUCCUUGACUUCCCGCAGCACGUCUCCCCAUCCAAGGACAUCCGGACAGCCAGCACGGAGGCGGACAAGAAGCUGUCCGAGUUCGACGUGGAGAUGAGCAUGAGGCAGGACGUGUACCAGAGGAUCGUCUGGCUGCAGGAGAAGGUCCAGAGUGACUCGCUGAGGCCAGAGGCGUCGCGGUACCUGGAGCGGCUGAUAAGCCUGGGCAGGAGGAACGGGCUCCACCUGCCCGAGGAGACGCAGGAGAAAAUCAAGAGCAUCAAGAAGAAGCUGAGUCUCCUGUGCAUCGACUUCAACAAGAACCUGAACGAGGACACCACCUUCCUGCCAUUCACGCGCGAGGAGUUGGGAGGGCUCCCUGAGGAUUUCCUGAACUCGCUGGAGAAGACCGAGGAUGAGAAGUUGAAGGUCACCCUCAAGUACCCGCACUACUUCCCCCUCCUGAAGAAAUGCCACGUGCCCGAGACCAGGAGGAAGGUGGAGGAGGCCUUCAACUGUCGGUGCAAGCGGGAGAACUGCGCGAUCCUUGGGGAGCUGGUGAGCCUGCGGGCCCAGAAGUCCCGCCUGCUGGGGUUCAGCACGCAUGCCGACUACGUGCUGGAGAUGAACAUGGCCAAGACCAGCCAGGUGGUGGCCACUUUCCUAGAUGAGCUGGCCCAGAAGCUGAAGCCCCUCGGGGAGCAGGAACGGGCCGUGAUCCUGGAGCUAAAGGAGGCCGAGUGCCAGAGGCGGGGCCUGCACUUUGACGGGCGCAUCAACGCCUGGGACAUGCGCUACUACAUGAACCAGGUGGAGGAGACGCGCUACCGCGUGGACCAGAACCUGCUCAAGGAGUACUUCCCCAUGCAGGUGGUCACGCGCGGGCUGCUGGGCAUCUACCAGGAGCUGCUGGGGCUGACCUUCGACCUUGAGGAGGGCGCCACCGUGUGGCACGAAGAUGUGACGCUCUACACGGUCCGGGACACGGCCUCGGGCAAGGUCAUCGGCAAGUUCUACCUGGACCUCUACCCUCGGGAAGGGAAGUACGGGCAUGCGGCCUGCUUCGGCCUGCAGCCGGGCUGCCUGCGGCAGGACGGGAGCCGCCAGAUCGCCAUCGCGGCCAUGGUGGCCAACUUCACCAAGCCCACGCCCGACGCACCCUCCCUGUUGCAGCACGAUGAGGUGGAGACCUACUUCCACGAGUUUGGGCACGUGAUGCACCAGCUCUGCUCCCAGGCCGAGUUCGCCAUGUUCAGUGGGACACACGUGGAGCGGGACUUCGUGGAGGCACCUUCGCAGAUGCUGGAGAACUGGGUGUGGGAGGUGGAGCCGCUGCUCAGGAUGUCCCAGCACUACCGCACGGGCAGCGCCGUCCCCCAGGAGCUGCUGGACAAACUCAUCAAGUCCCGGCAGGCCAACACAGGCCUCUUCAACCUGCGCCAGAUCGUCCUGGCCAAGGUGGACCAGGCCCUGCACACGCAGACGGCCGCAGACCCAGCCGAGGAGUAUGCCCGCCUCUCCCAGGAGAUCCUCGGGGUCCCAGCCACGCCAGGGACCAACAUGCCCGCGACCUUCGGCCACCUGGCAGGCGGCUACGACGCCCAGUACUAUGGCUACCUGUGGAGCGAGGUGUACUCCGCGGACAUGUUCCACACACGCUUCAAGCAGGAGGGCGUCCUGAGUGGCAAGGAGUGGCAUGGGGGCCAUCACUCUGGCGGGAGUUCUGACCUUGGUCGGGGAUCGGCCCUGGGGCCGUUGAAGGCUGCUCUCCGCUGGUGACGCGUCUGGGUCACUGGGAGACGGCUGAGCUGUGGGGUGAGUUCAGACGGGGAUGGCCCCCCCACCCUCGCCGGGCCGGCUCUCCAGUGACGUGGUGUCAGUCUCCUGCCGGCCUCUCGCCCGUCACUGUUUGGCAUGUCGGGGGCUGUGAUUGGCGGGAGCUGGUUCUGGCGGUGGGCACAGCUGCGGGGAGCCCGGCCGUGGCUGGCCCUGUCCCCGUGCCCUGUCCUGCUCACGGCCGGCCGGCUGGCUUCCUCUGGUCGCCGGCAGUUCGUGAAGUCUGGGCCACAGCAAGGGGCUGUCUUCCUGGGUCCUAGCAGUUCUUCCCAAAGGCCUUAGGAGUGUUUUUUGGUGGCAGUAGGAAUUCAGAGAGGGUGCUGCACCACUGGAGCGGUAGGGUGGGCUGGACCGUCCUGUGUGUCCUUCCCUGGCCUUUGAGCUCCUCGGGAGCCCUGCCUCCAGCCCUUUGUCCCCACAAAGGACGCCAGGCAGCGGAGCGAGGGCGCGGGUAGCACCCUGACCUUCUCCCUGGGGCCCAGGCGGGCAGGCCGUGCCACGCUCUGUCCUCCCCUCAGCCUGCCCGCCCGUUCUCACCCGCCCUGGGCCAGUCGGCUGUGGACCAGGCUGUGGUGUCUGCCCUUCUGCAGCACUGGCUCAGCUCCCUGCACCCACUUCUGUGCCUUCUGUGUUCUGGGCUGGUUGCUGGCCCAGAGCCGGUGGGUGGGUGCCCCGUGGCCAGGAGGGCUGUUCGUAUGAAUUACCUGGGGCUCGAAAAGGAGCACAACCUGCCUUCCGUCCGGGCACCUCUCGAUGGAUAUGGAAGUGGCGUGUCGGGGCCUGGGGGCUGCUCGUCUUCCUCUGCACCGAGCCCCCAGAUGGUCCCCAGCUGGUGCAAAAUCCAGGUGUGGCGUUGGCACCCCAGCUGUGUGCUGGGCAGUCCGUUGCAGGAGCCACAGGCCUCGGGCUGGUGGGCCACAGGGUUCCCAAGCGGGCAGGUCAGGACUGAGAGGGUGAGGCCUUUCCCCAGGUCCAGGGCCCAGACUGAAUGCCGGCUGGAGGCCCAUCUGCUCACUGCCCACCCCCCAGCCCCUGCCCUCACAUCAGCCCCCAGGGCUGAGCUCAGGUGUUUGAUGCCCAGGCUCUCUGGCAGCCCAGCCCGUUCCCAGUCCUCCGUGGUCACUGAAGGACUUGGAAGCAGGUUGCCCCACAGAGACUGUUGUUCUCAGAGCCCUGGGCAGGGGGCAGGGAGGACAGGCACAGAGCCUUGCGGGGGUGUGGUCGCCAGGGCAGCCGGAGCAGCCUCCACACAGUAAGUAAGGGCAUCUCACCAAAAGCAGUGCAUUUCUCCAGCCGCCCUGGGAGCUGAGCUCAGGUCCUGGUGCAGGAAGGGCCAGCGGUGCAGCUGUUACCUGUCACUAGGGGGUCGUGCCACCUCUUAGAUCCUCCCCCUGUCCCCUUCAGGGGUUGCGACAGGACCCCUGCAAAUCGGGUUGUCACUCCUCCCCAUCCCCUACCCCUCCUCCAUGAGGGUGGAAGGAACACAUUUUUAAAAAGGAUGGAGUUUGGGCUUCUGGUGGCACAGUGGUUAAG